UUUUUGCCCUAGACCAGUGUCUCUCCUACAUCGAAAAAAAAAUAAAUAAAUAAAAUAAAGUCAAAUCAAGACCCGUAAGUUUCUCCCCGUCGACCACCAUCUUGAGAGAGGCAGGACACCAACAGACACGCCGGCAAGAUGAACUGCUCCCGGGCUCUUAUCCGCACCCUGGCCACCACCACCGCCCGCACCACCCGCAGUGAGGCCCACCCGGGCUACAACAAGCUGCGUGCCACCAUGAAGGAGUUCCAGAUCGACAACGGCCUGCCAAUCCACUUGAAGGGCGGAGUGAUGGACAACCUGCUCUUCCUCUCCACCCUGGGCAUCUCUGGUGUUGGGCUGUUCAUGUGCUUCAACUUCUAUUUCUCCAUGGCUUUUCCACCCAAGAAUAAGUGAAUGGAUGUUCCGAGCCCCAGUCACUCCUCUUCCCCAACCUCGUCAUUCCUCAGUCUCAGAGCCGAACUUUGUAACGAUGAAUUUCACUUUCUCAGAGGAUUAAUUAAUGAUAGUCAACUUCACUUAAAGGACCGACUAGGUUAUUUGUAUAUAUAAGGUCGUGUGUGUUCGAUUUUUCGUCCCCUGCUUUUACCGUGGGGUUGUAAAGGUGCGGAAUAAAGUGAUCCGUUAGAGAA